GACUUAUGGAGCUUGCUUUGACAACAUCAUGUCUUCCACUAUGCUCAGCAAUGAUGCUCUUUGCAAACUUUGCUCGCAUGUCGUUUCGAAAGAAGUCAGAUCUAGUGGCAUGUCAUACGACCAUCAUCCCAGCCCUGAGGCUCUGGAGGAAUCUGCGCGAGACGGCUGUGCCUUAUGUGUUAGAUUGUGGGAUAGCUAUGCGCAUCUUGACCAAAGCGCAUGGUCAAGACUAUACUAUUAUGGUUCAAAAGUUCAUGACCGCAUUUAUUUCUACCUGAAUAAACAAAUCUUUGCCGGCAUUGAAACGAAACUUACUAAAAGUAAGCACCCAUUUUGAAAUCCCCAAAUAGUUUUUUUGGAACCCAAACUUAUCGAGAUUGAUUACGAGUCAUUGUGUUUCAUGUUCUUUCGAGGCUAACUUGUUUAGCUUUCAGUGAGUUCCCAAGUCUCACAGCCCAUACCGGAAGUAUGAAAUCUAGAAACAUGGCCUCCAGAUGGUUCCGCACAUGCUUGGAGGAACAUGAAAUUUGUAGGCAGACAAUCAAUCAGAAUUAUUCUCCAACAAGGUUGCUUGAUAUUGGAUCGAAAAAUGCUCCAAGACUUCACCUAUAUAUACACGGUAGAUUUUCACCGGCACCAUCGUAUGCAACACUCAGCCACUGCUGGAAAUCAGCGCCCUUCAAGCGACUCCACAAUGAAACACUUUCUUCCAUGAUAGAAGGAAUAGACUUCGAUGAAUUGCCAAGGACAUUCCGGGAGGCCAUAGAAUUCGCUCGUCAUUUGGAAAUCCAACACAUUUGGAUUGACUCGCUGUGUAUUAUUCAGAACUCAAAAGAAGAUUGGGAGCAAGAGUCAGCACAGAUGGAAUUUGUUUACAGAAAUGCGGUUUGUAAUAUCGCUGCAACUGGAGCACCAAAUACCCGAAUAGGAUGCUUUUUUGACCGGAAUCCUGUACUGGGGCAAGCCUGUAGAGUCGAGCUAGUCGAUGAGGAUAAAGAAUACUCCUCUCUUCGCAUUCAUGAUAUCAUAUAUCGCGGAGCAAGUGGCAGUCAUGAAAUUUACCAAGCACCUUUGGCCAGAAGAGCUUGGGUGGCGCAAGAACAGUAUUUAUCAAAUCGGAUAAUUCAAUGUACUAGAAUUCAGUUGUACUGGGCAUGUCGUGAGCUAGUAAGUGCCUAUGUUUGUGUUUCUUUUUAUUUUCAGUAUUGAGGCUUUGAGCUUAGACCUUGCUAAUAACUCUAUGGCACUUAUUUUACCGCGUGCCAAUUGAUUCUAGUAUGCAUCUGAGUGCCAUCCAGGUGGCUUCCCGGAAGACGCUAGUGUACCAAACCAUAAAUAUUUCACUGAGAUAUCCCCGAAACGAACCCUCGAGAGCUUUGACAGCUACCACGACGGAAAAAAGUCUAAAAAGAGAGCAGGCUUGAUGAAAUGGAAUGACAUUGUCCCAGAUUAUUCUAACCGCUCAAUGACUAAAGAACAGGACAAGUUAGUUGCAAUUUCUGGUCUCGCUAAAGAUAUCGAGUCAGAGGUACAUAACUAUGAAAAAAAUUCAGAAUAUCUUGCUGGAUUGUGGGAAAGAUUUCUCCCGCACCAGCUAUUAUGGAGGCUUCAUCGUCCUCCAAUUGGCGGCCUCAUACCUCUCAAGACAGAAUCUUAUUGCGCUCCAAGUUAGUCAUGGGGUAUGAAAAUCUUUCAGUUAUCUUCUAGCAAUAUUGCCUCAUUCUCCUUUCAAUAGAAGUAGCUCUGUCCUUUGAAUUGUCUUUGAGUUUUGUACUAAUAUACUAGAUAGCUUCAUUUCGUCGGGCACAUAUCUUUUUCCCCCGAACCCUUCCACAGAGCCCUUCUUAUAUGAUUCAGGUUUUGGAAGCCGCCACAGAACCAAAAACUUCCAACCUAAUGGGACAGGUAUCUGGAGAUCAUAUUUGUCUUCGUGGGUGGCUGAAAUCAUUCUCCAUUCAAGGAACCAAUCCUUACGAUUCAAGGUUUGAGAUUAAUGGCAAAUUUCUUGAUGAUGCCGAUUUCUACCUAGAUGAGGGCUUUGGUCUACCAGAAGAUCAGUUGGAAGUGUUUUGCUUCCCAAUUGUAACAGGUCAAGAGGAUAACGACCCCGAAGUUUAUGUUUUUGGAUUAAUUCUUGGACCCACUGGGAAACCAGAAGAAUACGAGAGAAUAGGAUACUUUCAAAUUGAUAUAGUCCACCAGAACUCGGAGUUCUUCAAGCGGCCCACAUACCAUUCAAUCUCCAAAUUUCCCACCGACGGUAAAGCUUCAUACGACGAUGUCAAACGAGAGAUGGCUCAAAGAUCCAAAGACGCUGAGGUCAGGGUACAUGAAUACUCCUCGGACCUUCCAGCUCAGAUGGGCAAUACAAGUAUUGAAGACGGUGCCAAUGAUGACUCAGAGGUCGGUGUUGAGUCUGAUGAUGUGCGGGAAAGUGUUUCUGGGGGGUUUGAUUACGACAACUAUGAUUUUAAUCAAGGUUGGGUUGAGUCAAUAAUUACUCUUGUGUAAUUUCUUUGGUACGCUUCUAUGCUGUCUAGCG